AUGCUAUCAACUCCAGGAACAGUUCCCAACUCACCAAACUUGGAUCCAGUCUCUUUAGGUGGAUCCCCUUCUCGAUUCUGGUUAUCGUCACAAACACCUCCGAGUUCAAGUGCCAAUAUUUUAAAGACUGGAGCAAACCAACAAGCGCUGUUUCAGCUGCAUCAUUCAAAACCACAAUAUAUUGUACAUAAAGCUGGAAGUGGAGCCAUGUAUAAAGCAGUUAAGGGAGAUGAUUCACCCGUUUUGAAUCCUGUACAAACGCCAAUUGAAGAUCCACCCAUGACGCCAUUGUUUCUAAGUAAUACAAACAGUGCCAAACAUGUUGAUUAUUUUAAUCACUAUCAUCCUAAUCAUAGUGAUUUGAAAGAGGAAGAACUGGAAGAGGGGGAAGGAGAAGAGGAUUCUAUGGGCGAAGAAUUUAAAGGUAAAAAGACAUUGAGUGAGAACGUGAUUCUGGCGAGGAAUAUAUAUAGUUAA